AUGUUUCAGCCCACAGAUGCAAGCGCUUUGGCCUCAGGACCGCACCCGUUGACCCAACGGAUCAACGAAAACCAGGCGGUUCUCGAGUUCCCCGAUGACGAUCGCCGAUUACUGGAACAAGAUCCGCCAGCAUCUUCGAGCUACGGCGCGGUAGCCGCAGCAGCAGCCGGGGGGGAGGGUCUCGAAGACGGGCGCCGAGAAGGUGGACGACAACACCCGGCGGCGCUAAACCUUGGCUGGGGGGCGCGCCUCUACCUCUGCGUUCUGUUGGUGGUCGGCGUGUCCGGGCUGGUCGCGCUGUCUGGAGUCUUUCGCAACACUCCCGGGAGCGUAUCCCUGGAGACCGAUGCCGCAUUCCCCUUCACCACCACCACCAAGCACCUUCUGAGGCCGGGGCCGCUUUGGGGAGCUGUGACCGGACCCUACCCCACGGGGGCUUGGUGGCUAAACUUGGCGAUCGGGGAGGGAGACUUUCCGGUGGCUCCCUUGCCGUACACGAUCAAGUCGUCGGACGCAGGAGUCGGCGUCUCGUACUCGGCGAUGCGGCGGGUGGAGUCCCUGGAGCGCGUGACGGACGCCUACGCCGCAGACCUCAGCGUGUCCGCAAAGGAAGGAGUGACCGGUCGACACAUCGUCAAGUACGAUAACCUUACGGUGACUCUCCAGCACGACGCGGCCAACGCGGGGAACUUCCGCACGCUGCUUGCGCGCGGCUCGCCGUACAUGACGUUUGAGUUCGCCGGGGCCACCCCUCGGAUAAAGGCCAACGGAGACAUCCUCGAGAUCAACGGGAAGAAGGCUGAGGUGGGCGCUUCCUUGUUCGCGACGACUUUCAAGCUGGCGCUCAGCAAUUGGGAGACGUGGGUGGUCUUCACUUCGGAGUCUGUGACGUGGAAGGUUACUUCGUUGCAGGAAGUGGAGAUGAAGGCCCCCUUCUCGGGCAUCGUGCGCGUAGCGGUUCUGCCGCGCCCGUGGGACUCGGAGGGCGAGAUGACCCUCUCGGAGCACGCCUACGCCUACCCCAGGGGGGGGCGCGUGGCGUUCGACGUCGACGGGGACAGGAUGGAGAUGAGGUACGAGUGGGAUAAGGACGGCUUCGGCGACCUUCUGAUGAUGGCGCUGCCCCACCACAUGGACACCAUGGACGCAGGGGCAGACAUCGCGGUCGUCAUGGCGGACAGCUACCAGUGCAUCAAGGGCCCCAUGACCGGGAUCGUGGGGAGCGUCUGGAUCAUGCGGGACAACCUCACGGACAUCGCCUGGACCGCUAGAACUCCGCUCCAGGAGGCCACGCUGUCGAUCGACGACCCCCUCCUGUCCCUGUCGUGGGAGAGGCGGAUGCGCGACGCCCUCGCCGCCGAUCUCAACUCGGUGCUGCCGUCGGCGCCGGACGUGUACUCCUUCGGCAAGGAGAUCUCAAGGAUGGCGAGGCUCGCGCUUGUCGCCGACGAGCUUGGCGACAUUCCUGGGCGAGAGGCCGCUCUGGCCACCGUGGGGGUCUACCUGACCCCCUGGAUGAAGAACGACAACGAGGACCUCCUCGUUUACGACAAGACCUGGGGAGGCAUCGUCACCAAGAACGGCCUCAACAACCAGAACGCCGACUACGGCAACGCCUGGUAUAAUGACCACACCUACCACUACGGGUACCUGCUAUACGCGGCGGCGGUGCUCUCCAAGUUCCGACCGGUCUUCCACCGGACGUACAAGAAACAGCUCGACUUCCUCGUGGCGGAUGUGGCCGCCAUGGGGGGAGGAAGGAUGGCGAAAUACUUCCCGACAGCAAGACAGAAGGACUUGUACGACGGCCAUAGCUGGACAUCCGGAAUAUUCCCGCAGGGGAAUGGCAAGUCCCAGGAGUCCGUGUCCGAGAGCAUUAACGCCUACUACGGUGUGUACCUCUUCGGCUUGGCCACCGGAGACGACGCCACAAAGGACUGGGGUCGGGUGUUGCUCGCGAUGGAGGUUCGGGCCGCUCGAAAGUACUGGCAGAUGCCCAGACACAAUGGGGUGUACGACUCCUACUUUUCCUCCCACCGCAUGGUCGGAAUGGUGGCAUCGCUCGAGGCUGUGCAGCUUACAUGGUUCGGCGACAACGUCGAGUACGUCCACUGCGUCAACAUGAUGCCUUUCACCCCUAUCACGGAGGACCUCUUGCACCGGGACUUCAUGGAGCAGGAGUGGCCCGUCCUCGAGGCCGCCUUCGACGGUAGAGAGCCAGACCCUCAGUGGGCCGGGUUCAUCUACUUGGCGGCUUCGGUCGUGCUUCCCGUGGAAGCGUGGGCCAACCUCACGGCCCUCGACAUCUUCGACAACGGCAACUCCAAGACCAACAGCCUCUACUGGAUAGCCACGCGCCCAUCGGGAGAGGCGUAUAACGAAUCCAUGUUCCCCGUGGAGGUCAAAGUGGAAGCCGAGUGCAGCGCCAACUCCGCCUGCCAAGCGAGGAGCUUAACGCAGGAGAAGCUGUGCUGCCCGACGAAGGACGAUGGUUGGCUAGGCUGCUGUCCGAGCGGAGACGGAGUUCCCGAGGGCCCGUCGGCGUGCUCCUCCAACCCCAACUGCGUCGCCGCGGGCCUGGCGACCGGACUCUGCUGCCCUGGCCUUUCUGGAGAGAUGCUGGCGUGCUGCGGGCAGGGUGGCGAUGACAGCGAGGACGACAAGAAGGAGCACAAGGCGGCGGUGGCGGUGGACCCACAGGCCCUGUGCAGCGCCAACCAGGGGUGCGCGAUGCUUGAAGGCGCCUGCUGCCCAACCCAGCAGGGGGUGUACCUGGGCUGCUGCGGUUCCGUCCACAUCUCUGGGCGGAAGCACUCGAACUCCUCUGCGCCAUCGCCCACCCCGACCAAAACGUCGUCAUCCAAGCCGGCGGGAGGGGAGGUUAAGGUUGACGGGGGGAUGGAGGACGACGACGACGACGACGACGAGGAGGAGGAGGAGGGGCCUGGUGACGAUCGGGACUGUGCAAAUCACCCCGGGUGCUCGGCCCUGCAGGGGGCCUGUUGUCCCUCGCCAGAUGGCACCAUGUUGAGUUGUUGCAGCGACCGCCUCUAGAACGUUGACUGGGCAAGCAUUGUACAUUGGUCAUUGAGUGCGGGUACGGUGGAGGGCUGUUUGAUUGCGCGGGCCAACGACAGCCGGUGUUGCUGUUGCUUCGGUCGAUUACGGUCCGGCGGGUGGUAACGUUGGCGUUUUGUGAAACAUAGAUUUAGGGUAGGCAUUUGCGUAGUGGGAGGUCUCCCGCGGCGGCAGGAGGUCCGCGAUUCCGCCACCAGUCAUUUGAGGGUUUGGAAGCGAUGAGAAAAAGGAGGGUGACUACAGGUUGUGACCCCCUGACUAACAGCAAUCCUUGAAAUCAUCG